ACAGUUCGCGUCGUUUUGGCUUCAAGUGAAACAGUGCUGCUUUGUGAAGUGUAAAGGAAGGGUAGCUCGACUCAUGCAUAAUCGGCCACCACCACGAAUUUACAUCACGUCGGUGGACGAAACCAGUACUCCCAGUCCCACCCAACUGCCACCAUCGGUAAUCCCUGAGGCAUUACGGCCACGUCGGUUAACCACUCACCCGCUGCCAAUCCCAUCGAUAGACCUCAGCAUGUCUUUGGACAAACAGCAUCAUCAAUACAUCAAUUCGCAGUACGAUCCAGAGGAGACACAGCAGAUUAACGCACCAUUGCCCAACAUGCGGAACAGCAUGGAGCCACAAAGGCGUGAUGAACUUUCCGAGAAAAGCUCACUCGCACAAAAUUGGCCGAUUGUUUCCCAGCAAGUUGCCUUGUUAGCCAUAUUCUUCCUGCUCUGGGGAGUUGCGUUCUCUGUGCUCCCUAGGCAGCUGACCGAACCGAACACGCCAUUCAUGAGACUAUGGUUUCUUUUCGUCGGAGCCCAAACAAGCGGCAUUCUGGUCUCGCUGACCGGAUUGCCCGAUAUGCUGGGAAUGCUGUUUUGGGGCGUGGUGUACACCAACGUUGGCUGGGCGGAUUUCGAGGGGCUACAACGGCUGGAAGUUUUUCUAAGAGAAAUGGCUCUCAUCAACAUUAUGCUGCUGGCCGGACUUGGCCUGGACUAUGAAUCGCUGAAGAAACUCUUUCGUUUCAUUAUGCAGCUCACCCUGAUCCCGACGGUGGCCGAGGUGGUAGCGAUCGCGGGGCUGUCCAGAUACCUGCUGGAUCUCCCCUGGCUGUGGGGCAUUCUGCUGGGCCUGGUGGUAACAGCAGUCUCACCAAAUGUUGUCGUUACGGUGCUGCUGCGCCUGAAGGAAGAACGCCUCGGCAUGAAUAAAGGAAUCCACACAUUAAUCAUCGCUAUGACAAGCUGUAAUGAUGUUUUAGCAAUUUUCCUAUUUGGCGUUAUUUUGGGGGUGAUAUUCUCCACUGGUAACCUCACGAGCCAGAUACUCCAGGGUCCAAUCGGUAUCGUAAUUGGUCUCGUCUUUGGUGGCGCUUGCGGUGUCGGGUUGCUCUACAUGCCAUCUUAUCAAGCGAAAUACACCAACGGGCUGCGCUUCUCGAUGACGAUUCUUGCCGGAACGCUUUCAGUAGUUGGGAGCAAGCUCAUCGGGUAUCCUUCGGCCGGCGCCCUGGGGUGCAUUGUGACGUCCUUUGUUGCCGGAACUGGCUGGAAGAAACGCAUCGAUUACGACACCAACGAGGUCGGAAUGUAUCUGGACUUGCUGUGGAAGUUUCUGAAGCCGGUUUCAUUUUCUUUAAUCGGAAAAGAGGUCAAUUUUGCGGUGCUCGAGGGCAGCACUGUUCUGUACGGCUCUAUCACUCUGGCGGUUGCUGUUGUUCUGCGUUUGGUUUUCUCGUACCUGGCCACACUUGGGAGUGAUCUGAACUGGAAGGAAAAAUCCUACGUGACACUUUCUGGCUUCCCGAAAGCAACCGUUCAAGCGGCUCUCGGACCUGCCGCCAUGGACUUGGCGCGUAGUUUAAACGCAGUGGGAGAGUAUGCUCGAGCCCAAACGGUACUCAUUGUUACCGUAUUGGCCAUAAUUUUCACCGCCCCCUUGGGUGCCCUACUUAUGGUCAAAUUAGCACCAAAAUGGCUCAAAAGGGGACCGGCUGAGAAUGAACACGCAUGAUGGGCAAGCAGCGGGUACUUAGUUGAAAUUGAAUACUUAAUCGCUAGUUGACAGAUAUACUUAAUUUUACACUGCUUGGAUCUACUAGUUGAUAAUGAUUGGAACUGUACCAGGAGCUUCAAUAAA